UCUACCAGCACUUCAGUAGUCGUGUUUGGGCAGACACUCGUGUAGCACAUAGCAUUAAAACGGAAGAUGGCAGUACAAUUUAAGUUUCUUGUAGUUUUAGUCUUGGUUUUCUACGCCAAUUCAGCAUCAUGCGACGAAAGCCCAUGCCCAGACGGCGAAACUUUAUCCAGCUGCGCACCAGUGGGAUGUGACGCAGAAUACUGUCCAUUAUCAGAAUACGCUCCGCAAACAUGUCCAGAAUCCAUAGAAUGUUUACCGGGGUGUGUCUGCGGGUUUAACCGUCACCGUGAUAGGAUCACCGACGAAUGUAUUCUAACUGCAGAUUGCCCUCCGUUUCCUUGUGAAGGCCCAAAUGAAAACUACGACGCGUGCCCACCUGUGUGCCCUGGGGAGACCUGUACUGACUUUUUGAACAAUUCGACAUGCCCCAAAUAUCAUAUUGGCAUCGUGGUACCAUGUAAGCCAGCGUGUAGGUGCGAUAAAGGUUAUAACCGGGAUCCUACAGGUAUAUGCGUAAACAGUGCGGAAUGUACUUUGUAAAUGUAUAAAAUAUGAUUUGCAAUAAAGAUGACUGUAUGUA